CAUUUGCUUUGGCCUGAAACAUUAGCCAACAUUUCUCAUGUAAACAAACCCGUGGUGUAAUCUGUGCGCAGCGCCUGUGAGAGGACGACGCUGAUUGGUUGGCGGAGGUGGGCGUUUCCGCAUUCCGCAGAGAGCUGACGGCCGGAGCGGCGCAGGUUCCAGGAGGUGGAGAGGCAGUGGCGUCUGUGAAGAGAGAGAGCCUCUUGAGUCAUUCCCAGGGGGAGUCGACGGUCUGAAGCCAGGAAGCAGGGAUGCCUUACAUGCUCAUCAGUACGCAGAUCCGACUGGAAACUGGUCCAACUAAUGUAGGAGAUGAAUCUUCAGAUCCAGCUGUCAUGAAUUACCUGGGAGCGAGAAAAGCAACCAUGCUGGGAAACAACUUUUCCGAGUACCAUGUGGACGAGCCGCCUCGCGUGGUGCUGGACAAGCUGGAGAGGAUCGGCUUCCGUGUGCUGACRAUGACCGGGGUGGGCCAGACGCUGGUGUGGUGUCUCCACAAAGACAAGGAGUGACUGAACGUAAAGCAACAGCAUCAAAAUAACRUCUGUCUUUAAAAGAAGAAAUGAUUUUUGCAGGAAACGUUUGAUUUUUGUUUUUAACUUGUUUGGAAACUUUUAGCUCUUUAAUAUUUAUGGUUUAAGAUUUCACAAUAAAUAGGAUUCAGGCUGCCAAAUUCAAAAGUUAUAAAACCCACACAUCUUUUAAGACCCUUUGUUUACAGCUGGUGUGUAAAGUUUUGUUUACAUAGGUUUGUACCUAAACGUCUUUGUAAAGUUAUGUUGUCAAAAAUGCAAAAUUUUGGAAUUUUUUUUCCUUUCGCAACAGAAAACAUAAAAAAAUUUAAAUACAUUUAAA